UGUCGACAUGCAACUUGGUUAUGUUGACAUGCGAGAUAAAUAUGUUGACAUGCAACUUAUUUAUGUUGACAUGCGAGAUAAAUAUGUUGACAUGCAACUUAUUUAUGUCGACAUGCAACUUGGUUAAGUUGACAUGCAACUUAGUUAUGUUGACAUGCGAGAUAAAUAUGUUGACAUGCAACUUAUUUAUGUCGACAUGCAACAUAUUUAUGUCGACAUGCAACUUAUUUAUGUUGACAUGCAACUUAGGUAUGUUGACAUGCAACUUAUUUAUUUCAACAUGCAACCUAUUUAUGUUGACAUGCAAGAUGAAUAUGUUUACAUGCAACUUAUUUAUGUAAACAUGCAACAUAUUCAUGUAAACAUGCAACAUAUUUAUGUCGACAUGCAACUUAUUUAUGAUGGCAUGCUGUUUGUUUGAAAGAGGGUGCAGUUUAAUCGAAAUCUGUGGUUGCAGUGAAUGAGAAGCUAACCUCUGAACGUUCAUCUGGUCUCUUCACAACUGGCAAGCGACAAAAAUACAAUGGGUGAAAAUAUCUAUACACCUGCUCUGGCUCAACGUUUGGUUGUGGACGGACUACCUCUCAGCAGGAAUGAAAUGAUUGCUGUUUAUUACCACUCUGGUUAUACUAUUCAGGAAAUCAUUGGAUUUCUUGCAACCAGACAUAACAUUACUCUUAGUGCAAGACGAAUUCAUCAAGUUUUAAGGGAAAUGAAUCUGACGAGACGAAACAACCAGCCACGUUUGGAGGACAUUGUAACGGCUAUUCUACAUGAACUUUCAGGCUCGGGCGGUGACAUAGGCUAUAGAGGAAUGAGGAUGCGUCUGCUAAUCGACCAUAACCUCAAUGUGUCUUGUGAAUUGGUGCGCGUUGCAUUAAGUGUUUUGGACGCAGAAGGUGUAAUAAGGCGUAGACAACGUCGUCUUCAGCGUAGAAGGUACAUUAACGAAGGGCCGAAUUUUUGUGUUCAUCUAGAUGGCUGGGACAAGUUAAAACCAUUCGGAAUUUCCAUUCAUUGCUGUGUAGAUGGCUUUUCAAGACGUAUUCUCUGGCUCAAAGCUUGCAAUUCUAACAAAAACCCUGAGUAUAUAUCCAGAUUUUAUAUAGAUUAUAUCAAAGAAAUAAACGGGGUUUCUGUAGUCGUAUACGCAGACAGGGGUACUGAGAACGCCAUAGUUCGAGAUUUGCAAUACGCUUUGCGAUGGAAUCACCAGGAUCCCUUGCAAGGACUAUCAAGUUUUAGGUAUGGAUCGCCAUAUAGAAAUACGAGAAUAGAGCGAUUUUGGCGGUGUUUACGAGAAAUGUGUGGCAAUUUUUGGAUAAAUUACUUUAAGGCUAUGGAUAAUUUAGGUGUUUUUGACACCUCCGACAUAGUCCACCUGGAGUGUGCUAGGUAUUGUUUCUUACCAAUUAUCACCGGAGAACUGAACAGAUUUAUACAGCAUUGGAAUGAACACACAAUUAGAAGAAACCGCAAUGCAGAUUGUCCGUCAGGAAAACCAGAUGUAAUGUAUUUUCAGCCCGAAAUUUACCAAACAAGAGAUUUCAAAAUGCCUGUACCUGAUAAUCUGAAUGGCAUAGAACAAGAAUAUUGUGCCUACCCUCCUGCAAAUGGUGUUUCAAUGGAAUUUGAAGUUAUUGGUACUCAAAUAAGAAUGGAAAACGGGUUGAAUUACCCACCAAACACAGUAGAAGAAGCAACAGAACUCUUUAUCCGAAUAACAGACUAUGUAGAUUGCUUAUAAAUUACAUGUAUCUACAUACAUUUAUUUGACUCUUAUCGUUUUAAGGAGGUACAUUUUUCUCUAUGUUCCGAAUACUGUUUGAUAAAGGAAUGAGAAAUUAUAUGUUUGCCAGGCUUUGUGUAUUUAAUUGCAAAUGUGUAUUACUAGUAAAGUAUACAUAUAAAUAGUACAUAAUAUAUGUAAUUGUUUUUUUAUCUGCUUUAACUGUCAAGGUCAAAAAUCAUAAUAAAUUCAGAAAAUUGUUAUGAUUACUGUUGAGUGUUGAAGUAAGAGUACAAAAGUUUAUUUUCCUAUGGAAUAAAGAAUGCAUUUGUUCAGCAGGUUUUUUGUUUUUUGAUAACUAGGCCAAACUUUUAAUUCAUGGUAAAAAAGAAUUGUUCCUUUUUAAGAGGGCUGGGUGGUUGUGGUCAUUUUCAUACUAUUAUGAUCUCCUUUAGAAGAAGAGCUCAAUAUAAAGAUAUACAAAAAUGUUUAAAUUUUUAAACUAAAAUGUAUGAAAUUUUUGAUUGCCAAAUGAUAGUUGAAAGCUAAAGAUAUCGUAUCUAAAAAAAUAAGUUAUAUCUGAUGGUUAAUUUGUUGACUCCCCAGCCUCCUUAAUGAAGUUGACAUGGGUAAUGCACCUGUAAAUAAAAGCUCUAGAUCUCUUCUCCCUCAUUCAGAGCAUACCUACUUGACAUUAAAUAGCUCAUUCUUACGAUUUUUCACACAUCUUAAUUCCCAUUUUUAUUGUUUAAAAUAUUAAAUUAAGUAAUGGAAAAUAGGAUGAAAAGCAUUUCAGAAAAUUUUGCUUUGACCUUGACCUAUAAUUUAUAAAUUGUCCACUUGGCAUAAAACUUUUAUUUCAGUCUCAUUACCCCUUACCUAAAGCCAUUUAUUUUUUGUUCUGAACAAAAUUAAGCAAAUGAAAAAUUUUCAAGGUCACUGCACACCGUAUGACAACAGACACUCUGUGGAAGUAUGAACCAGACUGGACCAAGGGGAGAAAAGAUGUGCUGCAGACAAAGAUUUUAAUAAACAAUUCUGCUAUGACCUUAACCUUAGACCUUGAAACAUAGUUCAAGGUCAUUGUACAUCCUUUAAAAGAGAUUUCGGACGGACACACUUAAAUCUAUAGGUCACCGCAGGGAGGGGCCCUUAAAAGUUUUAUAGUCUACGGUCACGUUUCUGAAUCGCAAGGACAUUUUAUUAAACGAAAUACAAUUUGUGCUUUGUUGUCCACCUCAUAUUAUAGAAAAUAACUUAAACUGCAAUAUCUGCUUGAAUAAAUUUUCGAUCAUUAAAAUCAACUGCAAUUUUACCGACAGAAAAAAAAACCCAGAACCGUGCCUCAUUGCACAUGUCUUGGGUAGUACUAGUAACGAAUCUGCACGCAUGCACAAAUGUUCAUAGUUAUGUAUCACAUAAUUUCUUUUGCAUUUAGAUUUAAUCAUUUAAUUCAAAAUCUUAUCAUUUUGAAAAUCGAUCAUAUUUAAAAAAGUAUAUAUCCCAAAUGAAAUGACAAAUCGAUCAUAUUCACUGAAAACUUUGUCGCCAUUCCUGGGUCUUCAGGCACUUACAUCGCUUUGUGCAUGAUUUCAUUUUUGGAUAUUACUGCUUCAAUGCGGUGGACAACAUUUUGAUGGUUUGGAAGCAAAAUUGAAAAACUAAAAAAAAAAAAAUCAAACGAGGGUUGUUAAGAUUUCUUAAAAGAAAAUUAAAUGUUGCUUAACUUUCAUAAAUCAAAGACUUACUGAAAUAAAAAAACAAAAAAAAAACCCUUUCAACUUGUGUGUAUAAUAAUAUUUUUCAAGUGAGUCAUUUGGUUCAUUAAAACACCAUGUUAUUUUUCUCUGAUAAAGCAAGUUGUGUUUUAAUACCCUUUUUACAUUGAACUCACCAGGUUUCAAUGAAGAUAUUAUAUAUGGGGAAAAAUGAAUUUAUUAAUAAUACAUGUAUUCAGUUUCAAUAAAAUUGAAAAAAGUAAUACGUUGCUUGUCGACAUAAAUAUGUUGCAUGUUUAUAUAAAUAAGUUGCAUGUCAACAUGUUAAUCUUGCAUGUCAACAUAAAUAAGUUGCAUGUCAACAUAAAUAAGUUGCAUGUCAACAUAGAUAAGUUGCAUGUCAGCAUAAAUAAGUUGCAUGUCAACAUAUUUAUCUCGCAUGUCAACAUACCUAAGUUGCAUGUCAACAUAAAUAAGUUGCAUGUCGACAUAAAUAAGUUGCAUGUCGACAUAAAUAAGUUGC